UUCCACUAGAACUUGGUCGAAGGAUGAACUGGUUGGAGAAAGGAUGCGUCCGCGCCGCGCCGGCCUUCAAACGACGGACGCCCAAGCAGGAACUGAUCAGUAAUAUGCUUCGCCAAGGUCACUUGUCUCAUCGUUCGGCCAGCAAGCUGUUUGGAGCUCCCAAAUUGGCCAACCUUGAGGUACAAACGUGCGGCUACAACACGGUUUGCAAUGCAGCCCCUUGAUUCACUCCUUCGGGUGGGUCUUUAGCCGCUUGGUGCCACAGAAAUGUCCGGCAAAGAAAAACUGGAAGCAUUUGCUUUGCAGGAGUCACACUACCGCUUUCGACCGAGCAUCUUGCUUCCUUUGGCAUCCUGCGCCAGCACCACGUUUGGACAUGUCUUGGGUACAGUGUCGCCGCAAUUGAGUAGGUCGUACGCCGCAGGUGUCAAGUUGGCAAUCGGCGACUACUACAACGAUCAGAUUCGAGAAAUCUACGCCGAGAUGCCCGACUAUCCCGAAGCAGUUCCUUUGAAGGAGCUCUUCAAAUCGUUGCGCGAUGCCUCCCUUGCUGAUGUUGAACGCCUGUUUCCUUCAAUCGAGGUCCAAGCCAAUGCGUUAAUGCGCUACGUCACCAAAACAAUUUCUAGGCGGCCAAGGAGGACUCGGUGGUCCAAUUCGCCAAGACAAUCACUCAAGCAUUGUUGCGUCCUGCAGCAAGUGUGUAGAAUUACCAUUUGAAUCCACGGUUCCAGUCAUGUUGCACACGUGGGCCAAAGUUCC